CCGACCUGUCUCGUGUUGCCGGCAGCGAAGAUGGCGGCGCUGGCGAGGCGGGCUCCGGGGUUGCGGCUGCUGCUGCGGCUGUCCUUUCCGGGGGCGGCGGGCGCCGGCAGGCGGGGGGUGCGCGCCCUGCGGAGGAGCCCCGUCCGCGUCCUUCCUUCGCUGGCUGAGCGGGCCCAGAAGCCGCCGCCGCCAGUGGCUCAGGUCCGCCCCCAGAAGCCCAACUUGGCGAUGGAGGAGCAGAAGGAGGCGGCGGCGGCGAAGCUGAUCUACGAGCGGGCCGGGCCCGGAGACAAAAGGCUAAGCAAAGUGGUGACUCUUGCCAAGUCGAGGGCAUUUCGGGAGAAGCACGGGAAGAUCUUGCUGGAGGGCAAGCGCCUCAUCCUCGACGCGCUGGAAGCUGGCGCCGUCCCCCAGACGCUCUUCUUCAGCACCCAGGAUCAUCUGAAGGAGCUGCCGGCGGCAAAGCUCAAAGGUGCCACCCUUGUCAGGGUGAAAUUCGAAGAAAUUAAGACCUGGUCUGAUGUUGUCGCUCCUCAGGGGGUGAUUGGAAUCUUCUCCAGACCGGAUCAUUCCAAGAUGACCUAUCCAGAGAUCCAGAAGAAGCAUGCACUGCCCCUCUCUCUGAUCUGCGACAACGUCCGUGACCCCGGGAAUCUGGGGACCAUCCUGAGAUCGGCGGCUGGAGCGGGCUGCAAAAGAGUCUUGCUUGUCAAAGGUUGCGUGGACGCCUGGGAGCCCAAGGUGCUGCGCGCAGGGAUGGGGGCCCACUUCCGCCUGCCCAUCCUUUCCAACCUGGAGUGGCCGGUGGUCCCGAAUUACCUCCUCCCCGACACGUGCGUGCACGUGGCCGACAGCAGCGGCAGUGCCGAGAUGCCAGCGGAGGCCGAGGCUCCCCCAGGAAGGGCCAGCAGCCACGGCUGGGUCUCCCGACCCUACAACCUGAAGGCCCCGCCAGCCCAAAUGGACUGGGGCUCCGAUUCCGACGGCGAGGAGGAAGAGGCGGCCUGCCAGUUGGACGUCCAGCACUACUACGAGCGCUGGAUGGACCCCCCCGUGGCGGUGGUGAUUGGCGGGGAGACGCACGGCGUGAGCCCGGCCGCCAUGAAGCUGGCAACGAGCACAGGCGGGAGGAGCCUGCUCAUUCCUGUGGUCCCCGGGCUGGACAGCUUGAACUCGGCCAUGGCUGCCAGCAUCCUGCUCUUUGAGGGGAAGAGACAGCUGCACCGAGCCGCGGCGGGGGAGCUGCUUCUCAAGAAGAGCCCUGGCCUGUGACGCCCAGCUCGGCUAGUCAGGCUGGCCGCUGGCCAAGGGGGCUGACGCCCAGCCCAGCGAGCCGGCCUCUGCGCCUGCCGCUCCCCCUGGAUUCCUUCCCUUCUCAUUUGGUUGACUUUUGGGGCUGCCUUAUUGCGGGAGGGGGGCGUACACAGAAGCCAGCUCCCGGCUUCUCACCCAUGGGUCCCUGGCUGCACAACUCCCACCAUCCCCAGCGUCGGUGGGAGAUGCAGGGAGUCCGACUCCAACCGCAGCCAGCAGCCCCCAUGGUUGAGGGCGAGGAUCCGGGCCAGUCCCUCAUGGCCAGCUUUUUGCCAAAGUGUGUGCAGGUGAGAGAGAGGCUCAGGAACAACAUUUGGCACCAGUCUGGACUCGACGCUGAGUGAGGCAGUUGUUUCCUUCCAACUGCUUUCCCUCCCCAGUCAGCAAACAGAACUGCCAGCCUAGAGUCCUGUAGCACGUCAGUACUCCCUGGAGAGAGGUGACCUUUUCAGCUCUUGUCCCCUGAUCGUAGGAGCACAGAGAGGGGACCUUUCAGGUGGGAAGUGCAUGCCAGAAACAGGGCUUUUCUUCCUGACCACAACGUUCAGGAGCACCUCCUCUCCCCGCCCCCCCCCCGCUCUGAAAUCUAGAGCUUGUUCCAGCCCCAAGUCUUGCGCUUGCCCCAGCUGCCACCAACACAGCCUGCCCUGCCAACACGGCCGCUGCACGCCCCCCCCCUCGCCUCGGGUUUUUGGCAGGAAAAGCAACGGCCCUGGCAGCGACCCAGCAGCUGGCACGGGGACUCGCAGUGACCUCACAGGCUGGCUGAGCCAGGCCAAGCCAUCGUCUCCUCGGGCAGGUGAGCGGGAAGCUGCCGCCAGCCCCCCCUUGCUCCAGAACACAGCUCUGUUUGUUCAGGCAAGCUUGUGGCAUUUCCCAGGGCAACGGUUUGGGUCACUGGGCCUCUUGCCUUCUGCAGUGACCCUUCUGGGUUGGGGCAAGGGCGGGCGGGCGCUCGCACAUUUUUCCCAUUGUGUGCUUGGAAAGCCACCCACUUCCACCCGUUUCCUCCCAGAGAUCCAGUUUCCAGGGGCCAGUUUGUUCUCUCGCAGGGAUUCCUCUUUUUUACUGCCUCAAGCUAGCCCGUGAGAGCGCUUCCCCCGAACCUUGAAUUCGGUUUCCACUGAAAAGGGCCGCCUUGUAUACCCUGAGCGCCGAUGCGCACACCAAAUAAACUCUGGCUUUGCUCUCGG